AAAUUGUAUUUAUUACAUGUUGUGAAGGAACCUGGUGACAUUGAAGCUGAGUUUGCAAAGGUUGGUUUUAAACAAGUGCUGAAGAAGUUCCUAACAUUUCGCGAUCCAGCCCCCUUUUUCUUCCCUAAAACCACCGAUAAUUUCAUUGACUCGUACCACACCCCGAUUGCCUUACCCCACUGGUUGUCCGAGGAAGAUCUCGACUAUUAUGUUUCCAAUUACGAGAAAACUGGAUUCACUGGAGGCAUAAACUACUAUCGUGCUUUCAAGUUAGAUUGGGAACUGUUGGCGCCAUGGGAAGGUGCUAAAGUGAAUGUGCCGGUGAAAUUUGUGGUUGGGGACCUUGAUCUGGUCUAUCACAUACCACUAGUGAAGGAGUAUGUACACGGUGGUGGGUUCAAGAAAGACGUGCCAUUGUUGGACGAUGAGAUUGUGGUCGUGGAGGAUGUUGCCCAUUUUAUAAACCAAGAGAAACCUCAAGAUGUCAAUUACCACAUCCACAACUUCAUUAAAAGUUAUAUAUAA